AUGGCAGCGACUUCGACUUCGAGUAAGGCUCGCAAGUAAGUCACGAGCUAAAACUGCAAAUAUAGUGAAUACAGGUGUCUUCUGCAUACUCUUCUCGUCUCUUGUACCGUUGCAAUUCUCGAUUUAUUACGUUCAUCUGCCGCUAAAAGCCAAUUUUAAGCCUGUGUUAUUUAAUUUAAUUUUAUUAAACUGCGUGUGUUUUUAUGCUUCCCUUUAGUUCAGUAAUGUUUUGGACACAUGAUCAUGAAGCCAUUCUAUGCAGGGAAGUCGUCAAUGUAAAUCCCUACACAACUAAGAAAGGGUCAACACAAUGAAGCAGUAUGUGGGAAAAAAAUAGGAGACACCUUGAACAAAUGCACUGUGCCGAAAUUGAGGGUUGAUAAGCGAUCAGUCCGAGACGACGUGGGAAUCCUUGAUUACAAGCAUAAGAAGAAACUUCUAGCGGAGAAAAAAGCAACUGGGAUAACUCCCGAUAAGCCAACUGAACUAGAAAACCUACUGGAUACGAUCAUCGCGUUGGAAGAAAGUGGCGAAGCGGAAUUACAGGAAACACAGGGAACAGCUAGGAAAAAACGUCAACACAAUCGGGCUAAAGCGGAAGAUGUUAGACUAAAAGCGAUGGAGAAGCUGUCAGAGACGAAGAAAAGAGGUUCAUCAGCGGAUGAAAGCGAUGACAAACCGAAGUGUCAACGAAGAAGUGGAGGUGAUGUUAUCGAACAAAGCAAAAACAAAGCAUUUCUUGGACUUUCUUAA